CUCACUUCUAACGCAUACACUGGUGUGGCACACAAUAUGAAUGGACUGGAGAUACCACACGCCUUGUACAUGACACUAGCUGAUCUCUCCGGCGGAGACAGUGACGAGCAGAAGAAUGAGCCCCACAGAAAACAUGCCGAAAAUCCUCCAAGCUUGUCGCGGAACGAGGGCAAAGCCCCACUCACUCGCGUGUGUGAACGGUGCAUAAAGAAGAAGGUCAAAUGCAGCCAAGGAAGACCUGCUUGCUCUCGCUGUCAAGAAGCAGGCUUGCCAUGCAUAUAUUCAGCGACAAGGAGGAAGCCUGGUCCUUCUAAAGGCUCAAAGCGUGUCCAAAAAGCAACUAGAGCGUUGCCACAGGAUAGUGGUUCAACACCAGAGAUUUUGAUGGCUGACUGGGCAACCGAGCAAUUUUCAAGCAGCUUAGACUACUUGCAUGAAGAUUUCUUGCAGCUCCCGAACUCAGCAUUUUACCCCGAUGAUGCUGUCGACUCUGAGCGAACCCUGCUAGUGACGCCGACACCGACAGAAGAGGAGAAGGAACUUAUCAACCUCUUCUUUACUUAUGUUCAUCCGUCCGUUCGAAUAUUUGACCAGCAAACAUUCCAGUUCAUGUAUGACCUUGGCACUGUGGAUAACAAUCUUCUUCUCGCAAUUCUUAGCAUAUCUACUGCUCUGCUUAAACGAGGCGAUCAGACUGCCAUUGCUGCAGCUGAAAAUACACUGACCAUGCUUGCAAGUCUAAACUUGUUAGAGAACUCCCGGAAUAUGGCUUCGCUGCACCAGUUCCAGCUGGCUUGUUUACUUGCCUAUUAUAUCUUCCAUCAAUAUCCAGGGCAAGAUUCAUGGCUUAGAAUAGGGAAAUUGUCUCGUAUAGCAUAUCAGUUUGGACUAAAUCAGAUCGACAAUCCUCACCAAGUGCCUUCGGUAAUCUCUGCCUGCGCGAAUUCUGAUGAGAUUGAGGCAUGGCGACGGAUAUGGUGGUUCAUAUUCUGUCUGGACUCGUAUUCGAACAUCCCAGCGGCAACACCUCUCAUUCUAGAGCGCGAGAGCAUCAGAACUGCACUUCCACGACCGAUGGGAGUCCACAUAGAAAAUGAAAUGGAGCCAGCAAUAUACCUGGACGAUCCAGAGUUCCUUUGGAAUACUGUCAAAGCUAUCACGAGUAGCAACACCAUGGUAAACGAGAAUCUUCAUAUAGUCACAACUGCUAUUCUAAACGAGGCAGCACAUCUGCAGCGUCUGGUAUUCCAAAAUCCAUCCGAUAAGCUUAGAAAUCGCCUGGUAUCAUUGGACGCACAUCUAUCUGCGAUAAGGCUUGCUCUCCCACCACGAUUCUUGGACCCUUUUCGAAACGUUUUGGGCAACGAAUCAAGCUCCGCGUACCAUGCGAGACUGAUAUGUGUGCUACACCUUCAUGCUGCUCGCAUCCUCUUGUUCCUCCCCCUUAAUGUGUUUGAUGCAGAAGAACGUAAUGACCGUUGGCAACGGACCCUGGAGUAUUGCGAAGAUGUAGUUUCCGUGGUUAAGCAAUGGGACAGUCUCCAUUCGCUAAGUGUGGACCCGGCGGUCUGUUUUAUUGGAUUUGCAGCAAUGAGCAUAUUGCACCUUCACUCAAAAUGCAUGAAUGGGACGAACUCUGAGAUGCUGGCUAAGUUAAAGGCUGAUCAAGGUGUCAUCAUGCUCUUCAUUGAGCAGUUUGCUUCUUUCUGGGAGCUUCCAAAGUAUCUAAAAUGUAAGUUUGUCGCAAACUCCAGCUCGAUACCAAGUGAUGCUAAACUUAGCCCAGCGGUGUUUCUUCAGGCAUCUGAGAACAUUCCGCAACAAUUGAACAUAACCGAGGUAGAGUCAAUGAUGAGCCACUUAAACUUGCCCUUGCACCAAAAGUGGACUUCAAAAUUGCUGAGCAAUCGAGUAUGUGCGUUUUGAGCUUUGAUAGUCUUCAAUGGACUGGGGAUAUUAGUAUAUGUCGUCUGACUAACUGGACAUAACAUGCAAGGUGCUGUGUAACAUUGUAAUAAAAAGCUGAAGCAAUAAACGAU